UCCCGGCACGCUGCUGUAGCCGGCGCUGAUGCAAUGGGUAGGUGCUGAUGCUGUCGCUCUUUGUUUGGAUUCAGAGUAGCAGGGAAUGGGAGAAGGACACUCGGUAACAGUGGCUGUUAUUUUGUAAGAAGAACAAUUAUACUGCAACAGUGUCAGAAGUAUAGAUUUAGAAGAAAAUUGUGCCGUGGUACCAUCUUAAAGUGGAAUCAAACCCUCUGCUCAGGAAAUCAACAAACAGGAAGAAGUUGACCAGAAAAUUAAUCUUUGUCGAGAAGAGUCGUCUGUGGACGAGAUCGUCGUUCUUCAGCAGAUCACAAAGGAGAUUCUCGCUACAGAGAGCGGCCAGAUAAAGAUAUGGUGCUGAUCUUGGGCCGACGCAUUAACAGGGAUGACAGCCGCUUCCAUGACUCGCCCGUCACCAAACGCAAAGUCUUUGAAAUUGACCAGAAACCCUUGGUUAGUCAAGAGGUUUAUGACUUCUCCUCGGGCUCGUCCCAUGCUGAAACCAUCCUGGAGAUGCUGAAUGAAUUUAGGAACAGCCGGCUGUUCACUGAUGUGGUCAUCUGUGUGGAGGGCCGGGAGUUUCCCUGCCACCGCGCAGUCCUCUCCUCCUGCAGCAGCUACUUCAGAGCCAUGUUCUGCAAUGAUCACCGUGAGAGCAGGGAGAUGCUGGUGGAGAUUAAUGGUAUUUUUGCCGAUGCCAUGGACCAAUUCCUGCAAUACGUCUACACAGGGAGGGUAAGGAUCACCACGGACAACGUACAGUAUCUCUUUGAAACUUCCAGCCUCUUCCAGAUCAGUGCUAUCCGAGAAGCAUGCGCCAAGUUCUUGGAGGAGCAGCUUGAUCCCUGCAACUGCCUGGGCAUCCAAAAGUUUGCAGACACACAUUCCCUGAAGUCUCUGCACUCCAAGUGCAGAGGCUUUUGCCUGCAGACGUUCUCUGAGGUCGCCCAGCACGAGGAGUUCCUGGGGCUGGAAAAAGACGAGCUUAUUGACUACGUCUCCAGUGAUGACUUGGUUAUCAGCAAGGAAGAGACAGUAUAUGAGUCAGUGAUGCGUUGGGUCUAUCAUGACAUGGACCGGAGGAGGCCCAUGAUGAAGGAGGUGCUGACCCAUGUCAGGCUCCCCUUAUUACAUCCCAAUUACUUUGUGCAGACAGUGGAAGGAGACCAGCUGAUCCAGAAUUCUCCUGAAUGCUACCAGCUUCUCCAUGAGGCCAGGAGGUACCAUGUGCUUGGCAAUGAGAUGAUGUCACCGCGGACUAGACCUCGCAGGUCUACAGGUUACUCUGAAGUUAUUGUGGUGGUGGGAGGCUGUGAGCGGGUGGGAGGCUUCAAUCUGCCUUACACAGAAUGCUACGAUCCAGUAACUGGAGAAUGGAAGUCACUGGCCAAACUCCCAGAGUUCACCAAAUCGGAAUAUGCAGUAUGUGCCCUGAGGAAUGACAUCCUUGUAACAGGUGGCAGAAUCAACAGCCGUGAUGUGUGGAUGUAUAACUCUCAGCUGAACAUCUGGAUGCGAGUGGCUUGUUUAAACAAAGGCAGGUGGCGUCACAAAAUGGCUGUCCUUCUUGGCAAGGUCUACGCUGUGGGGGGCUAUGAUGGCCACAAUCGACUGAACAGUGUGGAAUGUUACGACUCUUUCUCCAACCGCUGGAUUGAAGUUGUGCCACUCAAGGAAGCAGUCAGCUCCCCAGCUGUUGUCAGCUGUGUCAGUAAGCUCUUUGUGAUUGGAGGAGGGCCUGAUGACAACACAUGCUCUGAUAAGGUUCAGUGUUAUGACCCAACCACUAGUGUUUGGCUGCUGCGUGCCCCUAUUCCUAUUGCUAAACGGUGUAUCACUGCAGUCUCCCUGAAUAACCUUAUAUACGUGGCCGGGGGUCUGACCAAGUCCAUCUACUGCUACGAUCCAGUCGAGGACUACUGGAUGCAUGCAGUGAAUACCUUCAGCAGACAGGAGAGUUGUGGCAUGUCGGUAUGUAAUGGCAAGAUCUACAUCCUGGGUGGCAGAAAAGAAACCGGAGAGGCCUCUGAUACCAUCACGUGUUAUGAUCCAGCAACAGGAAUUAUCACAGCAAUGGCAGCCAUGCCCAGGCCCAUUUCCUACCAUGGCUGUGUGACAAUCCACAGAUACAAUGAAAAGUACAGGCCUUGAAAGAGGAAUCUCCAGCACCCACCCAAUGCCAAGUGGUACAGAGACACAACCACACUAUAAAUUCUUCUGGAGGAAUGGAGUCAAUCUCUGCAGGCUCCGUAUAAGACAAUCAUUUUCCUGUAGCACACUCUUCAAAACAUUGAGCCUUGUUUUAAACAUUUUAUGACAUUGAUGUAGCUCUAGAUCAUCAAUCUCUUUCCUGUGUCAUGUUGAGUUCCCAGUGGUAAGAAUACCAAAGCUGUGGCACUGCAGGCAGUUAUGCCACUUGCACAUAUGCCUGCAUCCCUCGGAUAACUACGGACUGUGAGUGGUCCAUUAAGUUACACUGCCUAACAUCUUUGGAUCCAAUAUCAUCAGGUGCUAAUUUAUUUUUAAAAAUGCCAUAUACAAAAAAAAAUCUUUUCUUAUUUUGAAGUAGCAAGAGGUUCGGAAAAAAGUCCAAGGACAGUUAAUCUAAGUGGAAAUCACAUGUUUGAUCUGGUCAGAGGGGCCUUUGCAUCAAAGAGUCUGAAGCCUGUCCAAGUUUGGGAUUGAGGCCUUCACCUCAGAGCGUCUGCGUCAUCUUGAUGUUGUUAGUGGCUGCUGUGUGGCCUCACUCCGGUAAAGUAUCUUCUUGUAGAAGGCCCCUAGUUAAUGUCCUUUUCUUUCACAAUUUGCUCUUUAUUAAGUCUCAUGACAAGCAAGUUUUGGACAUGAUACAAUGGAAUAUAAGAGACCCCUCCCCUGCACAACAUCGGUUGCCUUCUAUUUCAAAGAACAUAUGGCGAGAAAGCAAGGAUCAGUGAGGGAUGAUCCCAUAUGCUGAGGUUUAAGAUGUGUCCACUCGCAUGUUCCCUCAUCCUUGAGUACAACAUAUCUGUGUUUGUGUGGAGUUUGCACGUUCUCCCUGUGACUGCAUGGGUUGGCUCCGGGUGCUCUGGUUUCGUCCCACAUACCAAAGACGUGGGUUGGUAGGUCAAUUGGCCACUGUGAAUUGCCCCCAGUGUGCAGGUGAGUGAUAGAAUUUUUGAGGGAGUUCAUGGGAAUGUGGGGAAAGUAAAAUGGGUUGGGGUGGGAUUAGUGUAAAAAUGAGUGCAUGAUGAGGUCAGUGAGAUGGGCAGUAUUUCCAGCAUAAUGGAAGACACAAUAUCAAGGUAACCUUUCAAUAAUAUUUAAGAGGAAACUAAUGAAAGGAUUAAUACUGCUGUAGGAUCACUGAAUCCUGCAAUCUAAUGUAUAGUAUCUUCACCAAACCUACGUAAUUUCUGUUUUCAUAGCACUUGAUUGAUGAUUUCAACUUCCUGACCCCACUUUGGAGAUCUUUCAAAAAAAAUUAGAACUCCAAUAACCUUAAUUAAAUCCUGCAUCACUGGGAACUUUAGAAUGCAUGGAAUAGAUUGCAGGGUGUAUAAAACCAGGUCAUUGCAUGCUUCAAGGUAAUUCAAGAACUUUUAGAUUUAAUAGUUGGAUCAAUGUGGGUGAGAAGUGGAAUUGCCACACCUGGUUUGCACAGAUCUAUAUACUACACUUUAUUGAGUAUUUUCUUCUGUUAUAGAUUUUAGUUUUUUUCUUUUGUUGUCAACUAGCGAUUGGGAAGCAUCAGAAAUUUCUGAACUUGGAAUCAGUUAACAAAUCUUGGAUAAUCUGCUUACGGUAUCCAUCGGAUCAACCCUAAAAGCUUGUGUAGGGUGUGCCCAUUCACCACAAUUGUGGAGGUUAAAAUAUCUGCAGUCAAACAGAAACAUGUAUAACACAAAGCUCUAUUCGUGGCUUAAAAACUCACCCAGUUAAUAUCUUUAAUUAUCUAAGUGGAAUACCUGGUGCCUGAAACCAGUGGGAAUUGCACAACUCUGGUUCCUGUCUAUGGACUAUCAGCCUAUUGCCUUUCCUAGCUCUCCACUUCUGUCAAGGAACUAUUCAAAAUGCACUAUGUUGGGUGACUUCAAUUUAUAUAUGCUCAUUAUUUAACUUAAUUAUUUGAUGAUUUUGUACAUUUUCAUGUUAAGCUCAGUGACGGUUUUGUUGUAAAUAAUGUCUUGCUGCAUUCUCCUAUUUAGGGUUGAGAGUUGCCACAGCUCAGUGACGAAUUGCUACUGAUGGGAAAAUGCUGAGAUCUGGAUUUGACAUAAAUGUUCCAUUGGAGUGUAUAGGAGCGAAAUUGGAGUAUUGAUGAAUAGAUCACAAAGGUCAAAUGGAGCUGUUACUUUUGCCACAUCAAGCCAUUAAUUUUGCCUCAUUUUCACCUUAAAAAAAACUAUCUUGGGAGGAGACAAACUCUGAAGUGGAGUAAAUUGCCUGUUUAAUUAGUGGCCUUUGAUUUGUUCAAUGAGCAAUUUGUGUAGAUCCUGCUCGCAGAGCAAUAGCCAAUCAGUGGAAUGGGUUUGUCAGCCCAGAAGAAAGGGCCAAUCAGUGGAAUGGGUUUGUCAGCCCAGAAGAAAGGGCCAAUCAGUGGUGUUCUGUUCCUUAUUUGUAAUUUUGCUAAUUUGUACACUUUGUGAAGUAGGUGAACUGGUCAAUAGUGUGUGGGAGGUUGUGAUGGGAUAUACAACUUUAGAGUGUACAGUGCAGCUGGAAGCACCAGAAUUAGAGACAGAAAUCUUGUGAUGUUCCCCAUGUGCCAGGAAUUAGGCUUGUGACAGGUAGAUCAUCCUAGGCCCCAUAGAUUUAAUAGGAGGCUUUUACAGUGCUGGGAUAAACAACUUGCAUAAGCACAGUGAAUUCUCCACCAGGCUUUUGGAGAAAGCUCUUGGAAGUUCUGUAGUCAGGCAGAACCUAAGAUGAGUGAGAGAGCAAUGCAGAAAAAGAGACUUGGACAGAGAAAAUAGUCAAGGAAUCUGUGACAUUAGUAAAACUUAACUCCAACCCCUACAGUGAAUGUUGCUAGCCUUUUCAACGUUAUUUAUGUCACUGGCAUAACUCAAUGGCUCCAUUGUAUAGUUUACAACUGUAAAUCUUACAGCCUAGUGGCUCCCAUGGCUCUUCACAUUGAGCAAAGACACAAACUGGAGGCCAAAGUGAAAGUGAGAAAUCUGUGCUCAAAUUCUUCACAGAGUGCUACGACAGGAAAGUAUUAUUGGGAUCUCAAUGCAACUUCUUCAGAUGGUAAGAUAUGGCAGAAGAGAUUUGGCUCAAGUAUACUGAAAAUAAUCAGUCAAACUAAUAACCAGACUCAUUCAGAACUGCUGAGGGAUCUUGAAAGCAGAUCUUCUGUGGCUAACAGAGAAACUGUGCCUUUUGUGAAUAGCCUUACCCAUCACUAGCUCAGGGUUGCAAUGUAUUAUGAGGUACUCAUCAUAUUUUGUUGUAUGUUGUGCUUUUAUAUAUAAAUAGAUAUUUUUAUGUAUAAUCUUCAGCACUAUCUUGCUGCAUUUUUGAGGUUUGCUGUAUUUCAGUUGUACAGGACAAGAUUGUGUGUGAACUGCUGAAUGCAUAAUGUCCAGGUGAUGCAUGAUCUACAAGGAGAAUCAGCCUUUGCAUUAAUUGAUGCACAGUAUGGUUGUAGCUGUUAUAUCCACCAACAGCCCUCUGAACUGGAUGAAAAUACAAAGUUAAAAUAGUGUGCAUUGCAAACUCAGCAAACGUUAAUUACUUUUGAAUAACUCCAAUUGGGAAGGUUCAAAAUGAUUCCAGUUCUUUUUUAAAUAGUUUAAUUAUAGAAUCUGGAUUCAUCAAUUAGAUUUCAAUCUGCAGUUCACUUCCAGGUAUCCAUUCUUCUAUAUAGAACAAUCUGUACUUUUUUUGAUUAGAUUCCAGCCUGAGCAGCUCUCCUCCCAAGUAUUUAUUGUUCACUGUGUGGAACACACAGACCUUCAGAGUGAGUACAGUCAUUUAGUUAGAUCUUGGCAGCAAGGAAGGGAAGCUGCCAUUUUGAGUUUGUAUUUCAGGAGUAGUGGGUGUAUAUUUUUCAGAGGGGUCAAGGCAUUUUUAAAGCUGUAAGUAACUGGUAUCCUUUCUUUUAUAUAAAUAAAUUGCAAAGUGGUUGUGUUAUUUUUGUAACAAUUGGGUUAUCCCAGAGACAGAAUAUGCUUUAUAUUUGUUAUGUAAAGUGUGUGCUGGAUAUAAACAGACUUGUAUGUAUUGAGGGUGUUGCAGUGUGUUUUAAGGUUGAACAGAACAAUGAAAUGUGUAGAAAAUGUGACUUCAAUAAUAAUCCACUAUGUAGUGUCACCUGGAUGUCUGACACUUAUGAUGCAUUGAAUAUUCUUUCUCUGGGUUUUUUGUAGCCUUUUAGCCACCUGGGCCCCAAGUCUCUCCUUAAAUCUUUGUAUUGCUUUCUCCUUUUUUAAUAUGCUCCUUAAAAACAACUUUUUUGAGCAAGCAUUGAUCAUCAAAAUCAUAAUAAAUUCUCCUUUUGAUGGU